GGUGCGAUCGAUAUUAUGGAUAAUAUGUCCAUGGCGCAUGGGUUCCAAGGAUAUCCAUUUCAAGGUCAAGGAAGAGUGAAUCAAUUGGGAGGCGUUUUUAUCAAUGGGAGACCUUUACCGAAUCACAUCCGAUUAAAAAUCGUCGAAAUGGCUGCGGCGGGAGUUCGCCCCUGCAUGAUUUCGAGGCAAUUAAGAGUGUCCCAUGGAUGUGUUAGCAAAAUUUUAAAUCGAUACCAGGAAACCGGAAGUAUUCGACCGGGAGUGAUCGGCGGAUCGAAGCCGAAAAUUGCCUCGGGGGAGGUUGAGGCGCGAAUCGAGGAAUACAAGCGGGAUCAACCCUCUUUGUUUAGUUGGGAGAUUCGCGAUCGGUUAAUCAGCGAUGGUUUUUGCGAUAAAACGACGGCUCCGAGCGUUUCGGCGAUUUCGAGAUUGUUAAGGAUGAAAUGCGAAGACGAAAAGUUAUCCGAAGAAGGUGGAAAUGGUUCCGAUUGCGACUCCGAACCAGGGAUCCAAUUAAAAAGGAAACAACGCCGAUCCCGCACAACCUUCACCGCUCAACAAUUAGAUGAAUUAGAACGAGCUUUCAAUAAAACCCAAUACCCCGAUAUUUACACGCGAGAAGAAUUAGCCCAAAAAACGAAUUUAAGCGAGGCUCGGAUUCAAGUUUGGUUUAGUAAUCGAAGGGCGAGGAUGCGAAAACAAGUUGCUUCAAACACCGGUUCGUACCCGUUAAGCGGAAAUGGUUACCCGGUGCAAAAUUCGAAUGCUUCAUCAUCGCCGUAUGGGUUGAAUCAACCUGAUUUUGGGCAUUCGCCCCCCCAUAAUAACAAUUCAAUGAUGGAUUUGUACUCGGUGAAUCAUCCAACUUAUUCCCCACCUCCAAUGUAUUCAAACGGAAACGUCCACGGAUUUAUGCCAAUCGGGCAAAACAUGAACCCCCCGUUGGCGAACGCGAUGAAUUCGAUGCCCAAUAUCCCCAAUAAUAUGGUUUAUGGAGCACGAGGGGACCAACUUUGUUCUUCACCACCAAUUCCCGUCUCAAUGUCUGCUAAUUAUAACGCUAAUUUACCUCCAACUUCAAAUCAUAGCGUUAUUGGGCCACAUAGUGGUGGUAGUAGUAAUAGUAAUCAAGGAUCACCAAAUACCGAUUUAAAUAAUUUAAACACAACUGGAGCAGGAUGGAAUAGUCGAGAAAGUAGUCCAAUUGAGCUUCAAUCCAGUUUAAUGAGCGGGCAACAAUCGGGAAAUAUGACCCAUUUAAAUGGGCUAAGUCAAUUCGCGCAGCCGAUUAGUAUUCCUCAAAGAUUAAGUUCUUUUUCACAUAAUUCCCUUCACGGUUACGGUGCUUCACCGAAAUCCUACGCAGCCCCAUCCGUGUACACCCUGUAUAGCUGUUAA